AUGGAAGCUCAUACCACGGGGGGAACUGGCAGGGUGAUCCUGGCCUCAGUGUCGCAGAUAAUGUACCCAGUUGACUUGGAUUUGAUCCAUCAUCUCUUCUCCAGAUACGGGGAAGUCGAAAAGAUUGUGAGCUUCUACAAGACGCCUACUCUCUACCAGGCGCUGGUGCAGUUUGCGCGACCAGAACAAGCGCAAGAAGCCCUCGCCAAUCUCCACAACAGGAAUAUAUACGACGGCUGCAACACGCUGCAGCUUCAAGAAUCUCGACUUCCAGAACUGGUCGUCAAGUCGAACUGUGCAAAAUCGUGGGAUUACACGAUAAGCGCAGCCGGGCCGGGGGCUUCAAGAGCAUCCUUGCUGGAGCAUCACCCCCAGCAGCAGCCUCAGCACGCUGUACAUCCAGAGAUGCAUCACCAUCCACAAGCAGCAGCAAGGGGCAUGUUCACGCCAUAUGGCGGGGUUAGGCCAGUCCCCCAUCCCCCCGUCUGCUUCCCUCCUGAGCGUCUGCCUCAAGAACUGAGAGAAAUGGAUUUUGACUUUGCCAACCCCUCGCAAACGCCUGUGGUUAUCGUCUACAACAUUCCCGCGUCUGUCAACAUCCAGAUGUUGUUCAAUCUGUUUAGUCUCUACGGGAUUGUUUUGCGGAUCAAGAUUCUCAAGGAGCGGCCGGAUACUGCCCUCAUUCAGUAUGCUUUGCCGUUUUACGCAACGAUUGCGCAGUGCCUUAUGAUGGGAGCUGUAUGCGAAGGCCAGGCUCUCCAGGUGACCCUCAGCAGAAACAAGGAAGUUCGUCUUCCCUCCUCCGCAGCGACGGCUUCAGGAGACUCUACAGGAGUGGAAGACGAGAAACGAACUGUUGCUUUCAACAUGAAAGAUCAGAGAUACGGGGGCGAAGACGUUGAGAAAUACGUCAAGGGAGCAUGCAGACCUACCAAGACCGUCUUCGUGGCGAACGUGAAUGAGGAAGCGCAAGCGGAGGACGUGGCGGCGCUCUUCAAGCAGUACGGUCAAGUCUUGAAGAUCACGUUCAAGAAGCCGAAGAACGAAACAAGCAGAACAAAGCUCUGCAUCAUGGAAUUCGAAUCUGAAGAGAGGGCAUUGAGUGCAGUGAUGCAUCUGCACAAUUUUGAGUUCAUGGGGAGGUCCCUAAAGGUCGCCUUCUCCAAGAGUGUUAUUUAA